AAGUUGAUUACCUUCGUAUCGUUAAGAUAACAUAUAAAAGACAAUCUUGUGGGAAUUUGAAAUUAGUCAAAUCUCUAUAUAGUGCCCGUGCUGUUUGUUCAGUUUAUGAGAGGAUACAUUUGGCAUGAAACAUGAAAUACGCAAUUUACAUAUUAUUGGUGACUACGCUCUUUUUGGCAGAGUCAGAAACUGCCAGAAAAAAGAGACAGAAUGACUUAUUUUCCGAAGAGGAAAAUAAUAGCAUUUUUGAAAGUCAAAAGUUGGAUGCUAAACUUCGAAAUGAACCUGAUUAUCAAAAAGAAUUAAAUGGUUACAGAAUACCUGUUAUUACCUUAGAUUCCAGUGUCUUGAAUGAUGCUGAUAUUGAUUCUAAGAAUCAAUUCAGAACAAAUUCGAGAAAAAUUGAAUCAAGAAAUCGGCCGACUUACGAGUUUGGACAAAAGAUACUCAAUGGAGAAGAAAAAACCAUAAGGGAGAAUGAGAUUUUGCAAGGGGGAUAUGCAUCAUCAGUUAACUCCUUUCAAGUCAACAGUCAGGAUGGAUAUAUUUAUGAAAAGCCAAAGGUACCAUUUGAAGAGGGUCCUAUUCCAACACAACGCCCCAAAGCUCCAUCGACAACAUUUCAGCCACAAAAAAUACCGAGCUAUCAGCCGUCUAAAACUCCAGCGAGGCCAACAGAAAGACCUGCAUAUCAAUUUCCAUCAUUUAAGCCGUCGCAGCAGACAACCCCAAGGCCAAGUUUUCCAACUUAUCAACAACCAAAACAAACACCCGCCCCGCAGCUGCCGAGUUAUCGUCCGUCGCCAACAGUAACAAGUUCGGUACCUUCCAGGGAGCCAGUGACCCAAACUCCGUUCAGACCUAGUUCGACUAAACCAAGUUUUUCAUUCCCGCAACAGCCACAACAGAAACCACAGCCACAACCAACGAACGGAUACAACUAUCCCACGCCGGCGAAACCAUUUCCACAAACUGUUCCAUCAAAACCAAGCUUCAAACCGGUGGAAACUUCAACGCCACAAUCGCCAUUUGGGCGACCAAUCUCGUCAGCACGACCUGCGCCUCAAGGACCACCGAAACUUCCUUCAACACCAUCAAUAGGAUUCACCGAAAAGCCUAUAUAUCGCCCAUCACAAACAUUUCCUCCACAAGUUCCUAGUUUCCAAUUGCCUUCCACAAAGAAACCACCAAUCCAAAAUGCACCAACACCAUCCUUCAAACCUCAACCUCCUGCAGUGCAAACACUUCAGCCAGCCUACAGACCUCCACAAACCACGCCACAGAGGCCUAGUACUCAAAUUCCAAACAUACCCUAUAAACCACUUCCUCAAAAACCAUCAUAUCAGCCUUCCCCUAAGCCUGGUACAAUUCCAAACUAUAGACCUGCCCCUAGCUCCUCCUCGUCAACAGGUUAUAUUUAUGACAAACCCAAGGUCCCUUUCGUAGAAGCACCAACACCCCAACGACCGAACUAUCGCCCAACCCAAACUCCUUCACCUCAGUCGCCAAUCUAUCGUCCAACACCAUCACCUCAAUUUCCUAAUAUUACUCCAGUAAAAUCAACAGAAAAGCCAGCAACACAGAGGCCAUUUUCAGUCCCUUCAUUUCCAAAUUAUCAACCUUCCCCGAAACCUCCUCAAUAUAAACCACCACAAUUACCUUCUUAUCAAAUUCCCGAUUUUCCUAAACCACAGAAACCUGCAUAUAAGCCUUCAACUGAGCCCUCCCGUGUUCCCCAGUUUGAAAAACCCUCUUUAGUUCCUUCAAAACCUUCUUUUCCUCAGUUACCUGCGUAUAAACCUACACCAUCUCCAGUAGAAAAACCUUUCACAGGUUAUAAUUACGAGAAACCUAAAAAUCCAACUAUUCAACCAAUUUUAAAACCAAUAGAAUAUCCGUCAACUCCUCAACCUCCUAUUAUUCGUCCGAUACCACAAUCUCCGUUCCCCAAACCUCAAGCUACACCAACCAGAGUACCUGCAAUUUCAAGACCAACUCCUUCCAGGCCGAGCUAUCAACCAUCAUAUCAACCCCAGUAUAAACCUUCCCCAGUUCCUUCAACACAAAAACCCUUAGAACGCCCAUCGCCGACUCCAGGUUUCCCAACUCCUGGUAUAUCAUUCAAACCUUCAUCUCAGAAGCCUGCUUUCGUUCCUUCGAUACCAAGCAAUCAGUAUCCAACAUACAAGCCUCAACAGCCGUCCUAUCCAGCAUAUACGCCUCAAAAACCUUCGUAUCCGUCAAUUCAAACACCCCAACGUCCUAUUUAUACACCAAGUAUCAGACCUCAGUUUCCUUCAUCCCAAGUUACAAUCAGUACUCCAGUUCCUAAAGAACCAAGUGGAUAUGUUUACGAAAAACCGAAAAAACCUUUCAUUGAGGCACCAUCACAAACAUACAAACCCUCUGAGUCACCUCAACGGCCUAGCUAUCAACCUCAGAGACCUGUUUCUCGGCCAACUUAUCAGCCAUCACCAACGCCUGCUCAAAAAUUGCCCACGUAUCGUCCAACCUCGGAACCCCCAACUUACAGCCCUCAACAGCCUGCCUAUAAAACUUCAUUGCCAUCAACAACUAUUCCCCAGAAACCUAGCGCACUUCCCUCUAUACCAAGCUACAAACCUGCGCAAACUCCUGCUCCCCAGCCUCAGCAAUACCGUCCAAUUCCACAAAUACCAAGUUAUCGCCCUCCCCAGGUUUCUCCAUCUCCUCAACCGGCAUACAAGCCGUUUACUCCAGAAACAUCCUUACCUCAAAGGCCAAGCUUCAUUCCUUCUGUCCCAGUGCCUGGAUAUCGUCCGGCUCCACAAACACCAAGCUAUCAGGUUUCUAAAAAACCUGAGCCUCAAAAACCUUCUUAUAAACCCUCCUUGACACCACAGAUUCCGGAAAAACCGAGUUUCAUUCCUUCUUUACCCAGUUAUCAACCUAACCGAACUCCAACACCACAAACACCUUUUAGUCGCCCAACACCUGGUCCACAAAUUCCACAGUACAGGCCUCAACCAGCUCCAUACAGGCCGAGUGGAUUUCCACAGCAACCAACUAAAAGGCCACAGGUUCCCUUCUCUCCAACAGCUGUGGUAACGCCACCUCCUAAUAGAGUUGUACCUGCAGGUACACCUUCACCUGGGUAUAAUUAUGAUAAACCAAAGAAACCAUUUGUUGAAGUACAAACGAAUAAACCUUUCGAUAGUUCUCAACGUCCAUUUAAAACACCUAUUCAAACCCCUUUGCCACAGCAACCUGCUUAUCGCCCAAUACCAUCAACCCAAUUUCCGAGUUACAAACCCAGUUUUACAUUUACAGAAACAUCAAAGACCCCCACAAUUCAGGAGCCCGUUUUUCGCCCAUCAAAACCCAGUUAUCAGCCUCCAUCUAAACAACCAGUUAAAACUCCUUCAAAACCCAGCUAUCAACUACCACAAUUUUCGACACCCCAAACGGUAAUACCACAAAAACCGAUACAGCCAAUUCAAACGAUCCAACCACAACGUCCACCUUCAACUGGCUACGUUUAUGAAAAGCCCAAAAAGCCAGUUAUCCAAGAGAUUUCGUCUUCCACUUAUAAACCACAACCAUCCUCGAGUUCAUCUUAUAGACCAACUCCACAGCCCCAAUUCCCAUCAUAUCAAUUUGCAACAGCUCCACCCACUCAGCCUGUUAAAAAACCAUCUUUACAACCCAUUCCACAAUUUCCUAGUUACCAACCCGCCAAAAAACCUGCACCUUUCCCAAUAUCUUCUCAACCUCCUAUAAAUAUCUAUUCUGAUGCUACUCAAAAACCACCGCAAUUUACUACAAGUAAAAUCCCAAGACCUAGUCCAUCCUUCCCUUCGAGGCCUUCUAGUUCACAACUAUUCACUUCACCUAAACCGAGUCGGAAACCCGUUUAUGAAGGCCCAGGCUACAUUCCCCCUGUUGAUGUUUCCACAAUAAAACCUCAGACUUUUGCUCAGUCUACUUUUAAACCUUACACUUAUACCCCAAAACCUGUUGGCCCAAUUAAAACUUCAAAACCUUUUACUUAUCCAACAUCUACAUACAAACCAGCAAUUUUCAUCAGUCCCUCUACCCUUAAACCUUUUGUACCUUCCUACACAACUCAGAAACCGAUAACUUAUGUUUCAUCAACAUAUAAACCUAUUACUAAUGCACCUUACGUUCCGGUCAGUACUACUGAUAGGUCAGUUCCUUCAACAUAUAAACAGUUCAUUACUUCUUUCACUAGUACAGUUAGACCUUCAACCUUUAAGCCUUCUACACCUCAGAUAACUACACAAAGACCUUAUACCUAUGUAGCGCCCUCAAAAAAACCAUUUACGUAUGGUCCCUCUUUCACCCCUUCCGUUUCAAUUAGUACUUCGAAACCAUUUACUUAUAGUCCAUCAACUUAUAAGCCUUACAUACCUCAAAGCAGUACACAAGGAUCUUAUUCAUAUGUAUCGUCCACACAAAAACCAUCUACAUCCAAGCCAUUCACCUAUGGCCCUUCGUUCGAACCAUCUGUGAGUACCACGUCAAAACCAUUCACUUACGGUCCAUCAUUCCAAACUUCUGCAAGCACCACAUUCAAACCGUUCACUUAUGGUCCUUCGUUUAAACCUUCUGCAAGUACCACAUCCAAACCAUUCACUUAUGGUCCUACGUUCCAACCUUCAGCGAGUACCACAUCCAAACCCUUCACUUAUGGACCUUCCUUCAAACCUUCAGCAAGUACCACACCCAAACCGUUCACUUACGGUCCUUCGUUCAAACCUUCUGCAAGUACCACAUCAAAACCAUUCACUUAUAGCCCUUCUACCUACAAACCAUACCAACCUGUAACAUCAACUCUAAGGCCAUUUGUUACUUCCACUACCCGACCCAGUACAACCCAAGAAGACAGACAUUACUUGCCACCAAAAUCUGAUGGUUACUUAUAUCCUAAACCAGAGAUUGCCUUCGAUUUUAAAUAAAGAAUUCCAUCUAUGAUGCAAAUUUUGAUUUGAUAUGAUUUUUUAUAAUAUAGUGAAAUCAUUUGUAGGAAAUUUUCUGAAUGAAGAAAUCUUAAGAGCACAGUCAACUAGGUAAUAGAAAAUAAGUCUUCUUUCAAUUCCCCUCAAAAAAGGUCAAUUUUGAAAAAAAAAACGAUAUAUUUCUAAAAAGGUGAUUCGUGCUCUCAAGUGCCCAUGAUUGAAAAUUCCAGGAAUGAUUUUUACUGAAAUUCCAUUAGAAAUGAGCUCAUUUCCUAUCAGUAUUGUGAUUUUUAUCUAUUUCAGCAUAUAGGUACUUUGUAAAUACUUAUGUUAUUUUUAGUUCGAGUAAAAAUAUAACGAAAUAAUUUAAUUGUG